AUGGCCGAUCAGCUGUUGAUGGUCGAUAUGCGCAUCUUCGAUGACGAUGGCGUUAUGCAUUGCCCUUUGGAUCCGUCAGAUCGCGGAAAAGGCCGCCUAGGAGAAUUUGGUAGUAGGCCGGAUGAAGAGGCUCAGAAAGUGCUAAGUAGCCCGACACUGGAUGACUGGGACAAGCGCGUAGUUGUCAGGCGACGAGAGCUGACAACUCCCGAAGAAGCCCGAAUACCAUGGCAUCAGCCGCCAUUGGAGAUGUACAGACGUGUCGCUGAGGCGAUUCAUGGGUUGGAUAUGAUUAAGGAAGGUGACAAAGUGCUUGUCUGUCUUUCUGGAGGCAAGGAUUCACUCUCUUUGCUUCACAUUCUACAUUUUUAUCAGAUGCGAUGUCGAAAGAAUAAAAGCACAAAUUUCGAACUUGGUGCUAUCACAGUGGACCCCGGCUCGACAGCGUAUAAUCCGCGACCACUGAUCGAGUACUGCAGAUCGCUGAAUAUUGACUAUUUCUACGAAGAGCAGGGUGAUUUCCGUAUCGCUUUUUGGAUAAAAACUGAAAGUUUACUUUCAGUUCCUUCU